CUACAAAAUCUGAUUGCUAUUACUGACACUGACAUCAACCUCCUUCCGAUAACCUCUUUUCCCCCAAUAAACCACACCUCUAUCAUCAUCACCGUCGUCACAUGGCCGCUGAAUCCAUGUCGCUAUUCAGCCUGGAUCGUAUGUAAUCACAAGAAUCUUAUCUUCGCCACGCUUAUUCUCCCGUUUCCGUGUCAUAUUUUCAUAUCCCCUCUUCAUGUUCUGGGAUUCAUCCAUUUUAUUAAGCAGAGGGUCUUUUCUGUACUCGAAUGAAAGUGCUCUUGUUGGACGAGUAAGAACUGUGAAGGUUAUCAAUGUUUCCUUAAGUGCUUCCGAGCAAGACAUCAAGGAAUUCUUUUCGUUUUCUGGUGAUAUUGAAUAUAUUGAGAUGAAAAGUGAGAAUGAGCGAGCUCAAAAUGCAUUCGUCACUUUCAAGGAGCCUCAAGGUGCAGAGACUGCAGUUCUACUCUCGGGAGCAACUAUAGUUGACCAAUCUGUUACCAUUGUUCUUGCACCAGAGUACACUCUCCCUCCUUUUACAACUACACUUUCAGAUCAACAAAACACCGCAACAGGGGGGCAAGGUGUGGGAGCUGCUGAAUCUGCUGUUCAAAAAGCAGAAGAUGUUGUGAGCAGUAUGUUGGCAAAAGGUUUCAUACUAGGAAAAGAUGCAGUAAACAAAGCCAAAUUGUUUGAUGAGAAAGUCCAGUUUACAUCAACAGCUGCAGCAAAAGCAGCUACAAUAGAUCAGAAGAUUGGUCUAACUGAGAAAAUCAACCUGGGGACAACAUUAGUGAAUGAGAAAGUGAAAGAGAUGGAUCAGAAGUUUCAGGUGUCUGAAAAGACAAAAACGGCCUUUGCGACUGCAGAGCAGACUGUAAGUGUUGCGGGAUCUGCCCUUAUGAAGAACCGGUAUGUGCUGACUGGGACCGCCUGGGUCACCGGAGCUUUCAGCAGGGUGACGAAAGCCGCCGGAGAAGUGGGACAGAAGACCAUGGAGAAGGUGGCGGUGGAAGAACAGGCGGCUGGAAUGGGAACCACCAGGACUACUCAUCAAGAACCACCGCCUACUUCUACACACCCUGCUACUAGUUGAACAAGAGCACCACAUGAUCAGGUCUUGUUGCUUCAGUCAAGUGUUAGGCUGUAGAUUAUGCAGGAUUUAUGGAUUUUAUUAUUAUGAAUUUUCUGUUUUUUUUUUUCAUGGUUUUAUUGGUUUAGGAGUUGGUAUAUGGAAAAAAACACAAGUAGUUGCUUGAUAUGUUUAAUCGUAUAAUUUGUUUACAUUUUUAUAUUUUAGCAAUAUAUGUUGUAUAAAUAAUCCUCCA